GCCACAUUGUGAUUGAUACGAAGAUUCGUGAAUCAUUCGCUUGUGAUGCCGUGUGGCGAGAUGGUGUGAUCCCCUAGUCAGAGAAAUCAUAGAGCCCUACCCAAUGCACAGCAACAUGCGAAUAGUCGCGUUUCUUCUGUGUGCGGUGCUGUUUGAAGCCAUAUGUCCUGCAGUUUCGGAGAUAAGCGAUAGUGAUACAUAUGUGAAACUACCGAAUCUGUUUGAGUAUGAUGACUUUGACGAGUGUAGAAAGGGCAACCCCAAGUUUCAGUAUUGUGUUGUGCAAGCAGUUAUUCAUCCAACCUCAGACUCCCAAAUAUGGCGAAACAUCAGCAUACUAUCGGCUGAUCAUCGUAACUUCCCACACGAUCACCUGGAGCGAGGCAUAUGCAUCCGAAAAUGCUUGAAUCGUAUCGCAGCCAUACAGCCGAUGGAUGUUUGUUCGAUUGAAUCAAGACUGAUGGGCAAACAAGAUUUAAUUGAAUAUCUUGAUCAAUGUUUGAAUAUUGAACUGGGAGUGUCGUAUGACUUGCAGGCAUCUUCCAAGGCUGUACAUUGCUUAUCUGAGGAUGAUCUUCGAGUAUCCCUGAGUGCGGCUGAGUUGAUUUUCAUUGGACUGGUUGUGUCACUAAUACUGCUAGUGUCCAUUGCAACCAUGCUAGAUUUCAAAGGAACUAGAACUCAAUAUGAUGCCCUUAUUCUACAUUUCUCAAUACCUCGCAACGUUCGAAAACUUUUGGACUGCAAAAGUGUUGACGGAAAUUUGUCUCAUUUAGAAGGAUUUCGUGUAAUUUACACGAUAAUCAUCUUUCUCAUCCACUCAUCGCUACCGAUGAUGCGCAUGCCACUGAAAAACGUCGAAGAUUUGGAAAAGCAAACAAACAGCUUCAUCUUUCCUGUCGUGAAUUCGUUGAAUACCCACAUGAUCACGUUUUUCUUCACUUUGGGUGGCAUGGUAUUAUCGAUCGGCUUCCUGAACCACAUCGACAAAGCAAAAGAAUUCAGUCUUCGUUAUCAAUGGGAAAAACUGCUCAAUCGAUUGGCACGUCUGUUACCGGCUUACGCAUUUGUUAUCUUCUAUCAAUCGACGUUGUUCAAACGAACGCAACAGACGCCAGUAGGGUUCAAAUUUUUGGACUAUUGCAGUGAUCAUUGGUGGUCGAAUCUGCUGAUGAUCAACAACUUUGUGCAUUUGGACGAACCGUGUUUACAAUACGGAUGGUAUCUAGGGGCCGAUUUUCAACUGUUUCUCAUUGGAAUGGGUAUCAUGACUUUGAUCUGGAGGUUUCCUGUUCUUAAAAAGAUAUGCAUUGGCGCAAUGUUGAGCAUUGCCUUAGUGGUUCCUGGAAUGGUAAUUUUCUUGAACAAACUAGACGCAACUAUGUCGUUUGACAUGAGACAUGCUCUCAAUCAACUGCGUGAAUAUAAAGAGUUUUUGCAAUACUACACCCCAUUUUACACCAACGCUGGAACGUACUUUUUCGGCAUGAUCGCAGGCAUGGUAUAUCACCACAUAGCUAAGAACAACUUGAAAUCUGUGGCGAUUUUCUACAUUAAAAUGGUUUUUCGAUGCAUAUUGAUUUUAUUUAUCAUUUGGAAUGGAUUCUUAGCAUUUCUACCAUCAAUCAAAGUCAAAAAGCCAUCGAUGUUUCUAUCGAUUUACGGAUCCGCACUGAAAGCGUUGUGGGGGAUCUUCCAUGCCACCCUAUUUCUGUUGUAUGCGUUCAAAAGUGAAUCCAUUUUGGUUGCAUUUCUGGAACAUCCGGUUCUAAGAGUACUGGCGAAGCUUAGUUACACUAUUUACAUUGUGCAAUACUCUAUCAUCCACAUGGUCUACAGCAAUCUGAACGUUCCUAUCCGGUAUGGCGUUUUCAAUACGAUUAUAGUCACAUCCGCAAACUAUCUCCUGACGUUCUGUAGUGCCAUAUUUUUGUACUUGGUAAUUGAAGUUCCAUUCGCUUCUAUUCUAAAACAGGUGAUUCAAGGUAAAUUAAGAAUAAUCAUUUUAGGCAAAAAAGAUCAGAAGAUUUCAUAAUAUCAUUGAUUGUGAAAAACGCAACAGCAAUUUAGAUUCCAGUUGAUAUGAUCAAACAUUUGUCUUUUGUAGAAGAAAAUUUGUCAAAUCACCUUUUUUCAUUUUGCGCCCUACUUAUUCAUUCAAUUGAACAUAGAACUAAUUGAUGGAAGAAUGACAUUUUCUGAAUUUAAUUUUUAAAACAUGCCAAAGAUUCCGGGAUAAUAUCGUCAUCAUACAGGGUGUCUGCAAAUUAUCCGUACAAAUUUUGAUAGCAAGCAAAAACAAAGCAAAGCAAAAACAGACAAUAAUGGACAGAAUCGGUAGCUAUAUGGGCAUAACAACGCAGCAGGCUGUAACAGAUGUAUAUUCUGAGAACACUGAGCAUCAUUUCAUGUAUAAAAAAAAAUCUUUGUGAAUGCUUUUUUUCCGGUUUUCCGAACAAAAAGGAAUUGCUUUCCUACUCACCUGAUUUGGAUUGAAUUUAUCAUUUGGUAUGGUCUAUCUUGAAAUCAACAGCCAUCAAAACACCGAACAUAUUAUGGAGACAUUUGAAAUCAUGUCACAAUCGUCCUAUUAUAAUAACAUGCAAUGCAUGCUGGUUCUUUAAUUUAUUCCAAAAAAUAUUUAAAAACCUGUCUUGUUGUACGGAUAAUUUGCAGACACCCUGUAUGUAGCUAUAUUUGUAAGAUAGUAAUAAACAAUAUGUUCUAGAAAAUCAA